AUGCUUCUUUCUGGUUCUAAGAUAGUGGCAGACGUUCUCAUAAACACUGGCACGGUACUCCCACCAAUUGCUCUUGCUGCUAUAAUAUUUAAAGAAAUAAUUAAUUUAACUGAAAGAGCAGGGCAUAAUAAAACAAUUUGUAAUAGAUUAGCUGAUCGCAUACGUGUUGCAAACCAGGCGCUUGACAAAAUUAGUAUAAAAGAUGAAAAUGACCUGGCUUUAAGAGCUUAUGUUCGUUCGAUAGAAAAAUGUAAAAAUUUCAUUGAUAAAAUUAGCAAGUCUUCGCCAUUUAUGAAAUUAAUUGCUGCUCGCGAGAUCGAAAAUAAUUACAAUGAAAUUACUAAAGAAUUCGAUUCAGCAGUUUCACAAUUAGGACUAUCGACAUGUCUUCGAACGAAUAGAGAUAUUGAAGACGAUCAAAGAAUAUUCCAUGCUGAUAUUAAAACAUCACUUCAAGUCAUAGAAGAAGUUAUGCAGGACAUAUUUGAAAGUGGAAUGAAUAAUACCGAGAAACUUAAUGCACUCGGUAAUAAAAUAGACGUGAUUCAAUUAGCCAUUACCAACGAUAAAAGUACUGAAGCAGACAGAAUCUUUAAAAAUUCACAAAUUUCCGGACAACAAAUUACAGAUCAUAUAGAAAACGGAAAGGAAGUGAAACGUGGCGAUGGACAGAUUGUUAAAAAAAUCAUGAGUGGAGUACAGCCAGUUGCUCAAAAGGAGAUCGCAUAUAUCGCGACUUUAAAAGGUUCAGAUAAUAGUGCGAAUGAGAAUCAAGCUGAAAAAAUUGAAAAAAUUGAAAAGCAGGUCUCAAUUCUUACUGAAUUGAAAAAUUGCUUGAAUAUAAUAACUUUCUAUGGCACAACUCAGGUUAACGGUAAAUUAUAUAUUAUUUCGGAAUGGGCAGAGAUGGGAGAUCUCAACGCAUACUUGAGAAAUACUCCGGACUUGGAAUGGGACUUUAAACUAAGGAUAGCUUCCGAGAUCGCAAGUGGUUUAGCAUUUUGUCAUUUCUGUGACAUUUUACAUCAUGAUAUAAGAAGUUUUUCAAUUGUGCUUUGGGAGCUGGCAUCUCAACAAAUGCCUUUCUCAGACGUUACCAACGUACCAGAGCUGGUUAACUGUGUUACGAUAAAAGAAGAUCGACCACCAAUAGUAAGUGGUACACCUGAGGCUUACGAAAAGAUAAUGAAACAAGGAUGGAGCCCACAACCAAUUCAGCGACCAACUGCUGAUGCGAUGUUUAGAGAAUUAAAAGCUCUUGUUAGACCUUCAGUUCAAAGGACUAAUAGUACUGAUCUUGAAUCAAUCAUGCAUAUUCGACAUGAUUCAGUACUUUCUUCAUUAGAAUCCGAUAUUCAAUCUGAAUCAAACAUAAUGGAAGAUGACUUUUUUGAAAUUCUCGAAGUUAAACCUGAUUUUCCGGAUAUUAAUGAAGCCAAGAGGUUACAUGGUGAAAAAAAAUAUGGUGAAGCUUAUAAAAUCUUCAAAUAUCACGCAGAUCAUGGAGAUGCUGCAGCGGAAUUUUAUGUUGGAUAUUAUUUAAUUUCAGGUGAUCAUGAAGUGGCACAAGAAAAAGAAUUAGCGGUAGAAUAUUUUCGUCGUUCUGCAGAAAAAAAUGUUCCAGACGCACAAUUUAGAUAUGGUGUGGCUUUACUUAGUGGAGAAGGUGUUAAAAAAAGUGCAGAAAAUGAUAAAAUUGCUAUAGAGUAUUUAGAAAAGGCAGCAGUUCGCGGAAAUAUAAAUGCAAUGUUUAAUUAUGGGGAUUUAUUGAUUAAUGGUGCGCAUGGAGUUCGACAGGAUUUAACUGAAGGCUCACGUUGGUUGAUAAAAGCACAUCAGAAAAAACAUCCUCAUGCGUUUAAGAAAUUAUCAGAAAAAUAUAAGA